UCUGAACAGCUCUUACACCAGGAAGGUUGAGGCGGGAUCUCUUUUCCUGUGGUCCUAGUCUCUGGAGCAGCAGAAAACAAGCUUGCUUCGACCUGGAGGCACAGAGACGCCUGCCCUCCGCCGCUCUGCUCAGGCCCUCCAGGGGCCUCUUGCCCUUCCGCCCCCUCCGCGUCUUUCCCGGGGCCGUUCUUCCGCAGCCUCAGUUUCAGCCCUUGGCUUCCAGGGCGAGAGAGCCCUUGGCCGAUCCAAGACCCCAUUCCAUAUGGCCCUGGUAGCCCCACGUCGCCAGCGAAGGGAUUUCCAUUUCCAAAGGGCAUGAUGGCUUCAGCCUUCCACCGUGUUGCUUCUCACUCUCCUCCUUCCGUUCUGGCGCCAGCACCGGACACAGGGCCCUUCCGGGGGGCAUUCGCACUUCCUGCCCAGGCCCCGCGGGGCCCUGCAUUUCGUUUGCCAGCUCUUGCCCGGCUUCCUACUCUCUUCUGGGCGUUAGCUGCUGCUGCUGCUGCUGCUCCUCGUUUGGCCUCCUCUGCCAACCGGAGAAGCACGCCUAGUCCUAUCCCUUCCCCAAGGCGCCCUGGGCCCAGGCAGAGCCCCACCGGGCGCCCACCGGUCCCUUCUCUCCAGGAGGAAGGAGGGCAGGAGAGGAGCCAUUGCCCUCAGCCCCUGACAGGCCCACUACUAACGGCCUCUCGCUUUGGGAAAGCAAAGCGGCCCUGACUGGAGGGGAAAUGGCGGCGCAGGAGGCCCGGAAGGGAGCAGGAAGGGCCGCUCUAGGACUCGGACGGAAGGCCGAGGGGCGGAGCCUGGAGGGGGCGGGGCGCCAGCGCGCUGUGAUUUGCCCCGCCCACGGCCAGGUAGGCGUCACGUGGCACGGAGGGGCGCCAGACCGGAAGCGAAGGCGCCAUUGGCCACGCGAGGAAGGGGCCGUGUCACGUGGCACGCGCGCUCUCUCCCGCCGCUCAGGUGCCCCAGUGGUGCGCGGAGUAUGCCCUCUCCCUGCGGUUCGCCCACGGCCAGGUGGUCUCCACGCAGCCUCACAGCCUGGCGGCCCUCAGCCUGACCCUGCGUGUGGCCGACGAGAUGGACCUCAAUGUGGGGCACGAGGUGGGCUACUGUGUCCCCUACGACGACUGCUGCACCUCGGAGACUCUCCUCAGGAAGUCAGCGAGUGUUGCGAGGCCAUUCGCCUGGAGGCCGCCACCUUGGAUCCCGGCUUGGGCCCUCUGCUGGUGCUGCCCCUCCACCUGGGCGUGGGGCGGGAGGUCCAGCGGGUGUACGAGACCAGCCCAGAGCCACCGGAUGGGGACCGGCCACGCCGGAUCAUCGUCUCCCACUGGAUGGCGGAUGCAGCCUUCUCCGUGGGAAGCGUCAGGCAUGUGGUUGACACCGGUCUGGAGCUGCGCAGCGUUUACAACCCACGGAUCCGGGCUGAGUCACAGGUCCUGCGCCCCAUAAGCAAGAAGCAAGCUGAGUCACGGCGGCUGAGGGCAGCUGGGAGUCCCCCAGGGUCCUGCCUGCGCCUUUACUCUGAGUCUUUCUAUGAACACCAAAUGCCAGAUGCCCCUCCAGCCUGCAUCACUGAGGCAAACCUCAGCCGCCUAGUGCUGCUCCUGAAGCGGCUGGACAUUGCCGACAUGGGGCAGUGUGACUUCCUUGACAGGCCAGGCCCUGAGUCUCUCAUGCAGGCGCUGGAAGACUUGGACUACCUGGCCGCCCUGGAUGAUGAUGGGAACCUCUCUGAGGUGGGCAUCAUCAUGUCGGAGUUCCCCCUUGAUCCCCAACUCGCCAAGGCCCUCCUGGCCUCCUGUGAGUUUGACUGCGUCGAUGAGAUGCUCACGCUGGCUGCCAUGCUGACAGCCUGGCCCUGCUUCCAGACUCCCCCGACCCGCUGGGAGGAAGCGGUAGCCGCCCGGCAAAGAGGACUGCUGCACCCGGCAGGAGACCACUUCACCCUCAUCAAUAUCUUCAAUGCAUUCCACCAGCAGAGCGACCCAGAGAGCUGGUGCCGGAAACACGGGGUGAGCGAGGGGGCGCUACGGCUGGCGGGGGCCGUGCGGGCAGAGCUCCUGGAGGUGAUGCAGCGGAUUGAGCUCCCGGUCUCCCCGCCCGCCUUCGGCACAGACACCAACGUCCUCCACCUGAAGCAAGCCCUCCUCUCAGGCUUCUUCCUCAAGGUGGCCCGAGACAUUGAUGGCUCUGGAAACUAUCUGCUCCUGACCCACAAACACGUGGCUCAGCUGCCCCCCAGCUGCUGCUACCAACUGCGCCGGCCGCCCCCACGGCCGCCCCCCUGGCUGCUGUACCACGAGUUCACCAUCUCACAGGAUAACUGCCUGAGUGUUGUCUCUGAAAUCCAGCCAGAGAUGCUGGCCCAACUGGCCCCGCAGUACUACCUGAGCAACCUGCCGCCCAGCGAGAGCCGGGACCUGCUCCUGGAGCUGCGUGAGAAGCUUUCAGGUGAGGAGGCGGCAGCAGGAGCGGACCCCCCACGAGACGAGGGGCCUGAGACCCUCAGGUGCCCCCUCUCCGAGGACAGGGAAGAUGUCUGCGUGGUGCAGUGAGCCGGGAGCGAGGCCAGGCCCAGAUCCGCCCAGAGCUGCCUUGUCAUUGUUGGUGGGGAGAGGAGGAGUGUGGCCUCAGCCCUCCGUUGGCAUCACCUAGAGCGGCCCUGGCGUACUGGACACAGGAGGGGCCAUCUGGGGUCUGCCAGGGGCUCAGGGGGCUGUGGUUUGGGUGCAUUCUGGAAAGAGGAAUGGGAGCUGAAACCAGGUGGCAUGGCACCCUUGUGGGUGGUUCUGGGACCACAGGGUCCUUUCAACGUGGUCUGAGCACAUGGGUGGCUGAGCAUGCGCAGGACUUCCAUCACCCUGGGGGUGAGUGUGGCCUCCCUCAGCCGGAGGAGGGGAGGGGAUCCUGGUGGUGUCGGUGAAAUCCCCUCUGCUGCCAUCCUUCUUUGAGAGGCACCUUGCAGGUGGGGCACUGUGGGGGGCUACUGUGCUGUAGCACAGUGAGGGCGGCUUCCAAGCCCCCCUUUGGAGGGCCUUUGGGGACGGACAUGAUCUACUGGUCAUCUGUGGCCUGCCUGACGUACAGCAGGAGGCCCGCUUGGGCUGGGGUGGGCCAAGAAAGGGCAGGGCAUCCAGCAGUCUGGGCCACUCUUACUGUUUGGGAGGCCAGGUUCCCCCAUUUCUUCCUCUUCCUCUCUCUUGACUUCCGCUCCAAGGCCUUGGUUGUCUGUGUGUCCCAGGGGCCUUUGUGGGGCAGGAUGCCUAGUGGAGACGGGUGGGAAACAGCCCUUGGCUGUGAGCUGGGUCAGGGGGCUUUUCCGCCAGGGAGCCGGCUGGGCAUGGGGGGCUGGGGGCGGCUCGCUCACUUGCAGAAAUCUCCUGGGGUGACCUCAGCCCGACUGGACUGACCUCAGCUGGACAGUUCCCAAGGACUCUGUGGGUCAUCUUACUUCUUUCUGUCUGAGCAGGUGCUUCACUAAGCAGAUCAAUUAAACAUUUUAAAAACCUAA